AUGGCAUUUGACAAGGGGAGCAGGGGCUGGAAGAGUAUGGCACAGGGGGUGAAGAGGAGGUCCAGGGAGUCAGAGCCUACUGAACUUCAAACGUCCGUAGAAGAGCUGACGGCGAGUGGCCACUUUUCCCUUCAGAGCGCCCGUUGGGAGGAAGCCCUGAUCUGCCUUAAGAAAGCACUCAGAGCUGCUACUGAGUUGCAGGACCGCAGGGUGCGGCGGGCUUGUUCCUUCAACCUGGGAGCAGCUUACAUAGAGAUGGGCAGACCCGAGAAGGGACUGGACUUUCUGAAGCAAGCCCGGCUCUGGGAAAGAGGGGAGCGGGUGGCAGACCUCCAGUUCAACCUGGCUGUGGCUCACCAGGCGCUGGGGCGGAAUGCAGAUGCGGCUGGAUACUUCCUCCAGGCUGCCCAGCUCUACCGCUCCCAGGGAGACGGGGACAGUGAGGGAGACACCUGUGUGAAGAUGGCCCAGUGCUACAUCCAACUCCGGGACUGGGGUCAGGCGGUAAGGAGUUUUCUGAGAGGUGGAGAGAGCUACAAGAUCGCCGGCAGGUCAGACGCUGCUGCCAUCGCCCACAAAGAAGCAGCAAGUUGCAUGAUCCAGUCAGAGCAGUUCAGCGUGGACGACAUAAUCAGCGUGCUCGCAGAAUGUCAGGUGCUGAGUGACAGCAUCACAGACAAACACACUUUGGGUGAGCUUUACCUGUCCCUGGGUCUGUGUUACUCCCAGCUGAGAUACUUCCAGGAAGCAGUGGGCUGCUACCAGCUGGGCUUAAGCCAGAAAGACUCCCCACCUGCCCACCGGGCUGCCCUGCUACAGAACCUGGGAGCUGCUUUGAAUUCACUGGGUCGGUACCAUCAGGCGCUGGACUACCACAGACAGGCUGCUGGUCUGCACGGGUCACUGCGUAACAGGGGAUCUCAGGCCAGGUGUUUUAGUAACCUGGCAUUAGCAUGCAGGGAGCUGAAAAACAACCAAGAGGCAGCAGAGAACUUCUUGCAUGCCCUGCAGGCUUUCAGAGACACAGGAGAUCACCCUGGUCAGCGUCAGGUGUGUGAAGCUUUAGGUGAGACCUACUUUACACUGAGAGAACUACAUAAAUCCAUCCAGUACUAUAAACAGGCCCUGGCUGCUCUCCCACCCUGCCAGGACUGGUGUGUGUCAGUGCAGGAGCGUCUGGUAAACAAGCUGACGACAGCACUGCAGCAGCAGCUGUAUCUGAGUCUGACCGGAGGACUGCAGUGGGGCUGUUCCUCUGAGACUCUGUUGGAGCCGAACCCAAAAGAGGUCCAGCAAAGGUGGAACCGUUUAGACACAGAGCCCUCACUGGCCCAGGACCCAGAGAACCAACCCACCGGACGGGCUGAUGGCAGCCGGGCCACGCGUCACUUCAGAAAGUGGACGUCUCGUUUUUGUACCGUCAUGUGA